GGAUGACACCGCGAAUGACGUGGCGCCCUGUCCUCCAACUCCACUCUAAUCCGCGCCCCUCGCCACCACUCGCCACCGCCCCUCUCCGCCUCCCUCCUCCGCCAUGGACGCUCUCUUCAUCAACUCCUCUCUCUCUCGCCUCAAACCCGCACCUAAGCCAUCUCUCCACCCUCCCUUUUCUCACUCCCUCUCCCUCAAAUCCGCCGCCGCCCCCAGCUUCACCACCACCGUCGCCUUCGCCGUACAAAACCAGGAGACCCAAAAGCCUCCCACCUUCUUCCAAGACCAGAACGUCGCCGACGGCGACGAGGACGAAUCCUACGGCGAAGUCGACAAGAUCAUCGGCAGCCGCCGCGCCCUCGCGGACGGCGGGCCGGGCAUGGAGUACCUCAUCCAGUGGAAGGACGGCCACGACCCCUCGUGGGUCCCCUCCGCGGCCAUCGCCGCCGACGUCGUCGCCGAGUACGAGUCCCCCUGGUGGACGGCCGCCAAGAAGGCCGACGAGUCCGCCCUCCGCGCCCUCCUCGAGGCCGGCGGCGACUUCCGCGACGUCGACGCGGUGGACGCCGACGGCCGGACCGCCCUCCACUUUGUGUCGGGCCUCGGCUCGGAGCCCUGCGCACGGCUACUCGCGGAGGCGGGCGCCGACCUCGACCUCCGCGACGCCAGCGGCGGGCUGACCGCGCUCCACAUGGCGGCCGGCUACGUGAGGCCCGGGGUGGUGAAGCUGCUGGUGGAGCAGGGCGCCGACCCGGAGGCCGAGGACGACAGGGGCCGGACGCCGGUGGACCUGGCGAGGGAGGUCCUCCGGGCGACGCCGCCGGUGCAGUUCGCGCGGCGGCUGGGGCUGGAGGCGGUGGUCCGGGAGCUGGAGGGCGCGGUGUUCGAGUACGCGGAGGUGCAGGAGAUCAUGGAGAGGAGGGGGAAGGGGGAGAACGAGGAGUACCUGGUGAAGUGGAAGGACGGCGGGGAGAACGAGUGGGUGAAGGCAAGGUUCGUGGCGGAGGAUCUGGCGCGGGACUACGAGGCCGGGCUGGAGUACGCGGUGGCGGAGGCGGUGGCGGGGAAGCGCGUGGGGGACGACGGGCGGAUGGAGUACCUGGUGAAGUGGGUGGACAUGGAGGACGCCACGUGGGAGCCGGAGGAGAACGUGGACCCCGAGCUCGUGGCGGAGUUCGAGGCGGCCCAAGGUGGGAAUGGGAAUGGGAGUGGGAGUGGGAGUGGGCCGAGCUGAGGGGAGCUUGGGCCCAAAUCGGAUUGGAUUUGGGUCCGAUUCUUUGUUCCCUUUUUUGGCAUUUUAGACGAUGUCGAAAGGGCUUAUCUAUCGCAUGCAUGCUCUUCGAGUUCGAAAAGUCACUCAUCGUGAUGAAGAAGUCACUGAAAUUGAAUUUAGUCACUUGAUGUACCAGUGAAAUGGUUUCCCGAAUUCUAAUUGGUACGUUCGAGACUUGGAAACUCAA